CGCAUUCCACAAUCAUUUUCUUCCAAAAUCAACAUGCCUAAUCGCUCAGCAUGCGAUAUUGAAGUUCCGGAUGUACCACUAGCACAAUUUGACGAUCUUGAAAUAUUGGAUGAUUCGAAUCUAGAAAGAUGUGUUCUACCAAAAUCAACUCUUGGAAAUAGGCCACGCAAUCAACAAACCCCACAGAAAAUAGCUGCUGAAAUGGACAAAUCUGGCUCUUCUACUUCCAACUCUAUGAUCUCUACUUCUCUUCAAGACUUGGUUGAAUCCUUUGACAAAAACGUUUCAGGCGUUCUGAAGGAUAUGAACAAGUGUACUGAACAAAUUGCGCCAGUCAAAAUUCGUUCCCAAGAGGAGAUUAUGAAUGAGAGCCAGUUCUGGUGGACACUCACAGGCAAUUACGGCAGUCUUCCCCCUAUUGAUUUUCACCAAUCAGUCAUUCGUCGUAAUCAAAUGGCAGCGCUAGAUUUGAAAGUUCCAAAGCGCAACCACGAGGGAACUACUCCAACUGGUCCAGACAGUUUUUCCGAUACGGACAGCGGGGAGGAUGACGAUAGUGAUGGUAAAAAUGACACUCAACGUUUGGACUUUCAUGCAGCUGCAGCGUCAAUUGGUACUGAUGCUUUGCCUCCUGUUAAUGCUGAUAGAGUUAUUGAAGAGAUUGAUGAUAUUAUUCAGGCCGGUGAUUUGAUGACUCGUUCCUUAAUCAACACUCCACGUACAUUAGAAUCCUUCGACUCAAUGUACUCUUCGAUGCGUUCUCCAAACAAUUGUAUAGAUGCCGAGCAGCUAUUUAGUGUUAAACAACAACCUAAAAACAGCGAAUUGGCUCCUAUUGACGCUGAAGAAAUGACACGUUAUAGUCAAAGUAAAUUGAUCACAAUAGUCUCAGAAAUUGAGCAAAUAAUCCAAUUAUACAAUGAGGAAUUGGUCAAUGAACUUGCUAGACGUGAUGAAUUAGACUAUGCCAAAGAAGUUAGAAAUCAAUUUAUUACGUUAUUAAUCGAUGUGCAAGAAAAGCGGCGAAAGGCUGGAAGUGUAAAAAAGCAAAAACAAAAGGAAACUAAAUUUGCUGCUACGAAAAAUAAUUUGUGUUCUGUCAAAAUUCCAUAUGAUAAUUCUCAGAAAGUUCCAGAUGUUCGUGUUUUGGAAUCUUUAAACAAAAUUUUGCAAGCAAUGAGCGAUGAUAGUGAUCAAUUACCGUCUUUACUUACUGACUAUAUUUUGAAUGUGAUUUGUCCUACAAAAAAUACAAAUGUGGAAGGUUAA